AUGCCCCGCAAUAGGCGUUCCUCCCCAGGUCCUUUCGGAAUCUCACCCACGAGUGCACAACACCGGAUCCGGAUCCGGCUUCAGCGCCUGCCCCUCCUCUUUCUCCACCUCCCGCGCCACGGUAACCUCCGCGGCCGCCUCUACGCGAACCGCUGGCUAGACGUGGCAGCGCCAACGCCUCCACCCCGCCCCUGGGCUCUUACGCAAGGCGGCGCGCAGGCGGGUGGGGGGCGGGGGCGAGGCCCGAGGGAGUCCCGGCGACCUGUGCCCGGGUGGGGCCGGUGGGGGCGGGGAGUGGAGCCUGCGGUCGCGUGUGCGCGCGCGACGGCCCCGGCGAGGACUCCCAGGGGACUCUGCUCCACGGGCGGCGCUGGGACCAGAGGCCGUACAUCACUCCAGGCUCUCCGCGGCCUUCCUCCGCGUGUCAGUACCUCUGUUUAUCUGGAAAUAAAUCUACUUAGGAGUCAGCUGAGCAUUGGGCGCCGUGCUCUCCAGAGCAAUGUAAGUGGGUGUCUGGUGCGGGCCUCUGAUUCUCCAAGAUGGAAGUCCAGUCCUCUUGUCCGCUUCAUUUGUGUCCUGCUGCCUCUUCGUGAGGAUUCAGUAAGAUCAUUUUUGGCUGAAGGUGAGGUUAGGACGGUGGUGCUCAGCUGUGGCGAUUGUGCUUCCCAGGAGACAUUUGGCAAUGUCUGGAGCAUUUUGAACCUCACGGUGAGGGGAGAGAAUGAAAUUCAGACAGACAGAAAAAAAGCCACAGAGGGAGCAGCCAGAAGCAUAAAUUCAUUGGAACCUGUAAGAGAAGGAGAGGCCAGAAGAGGCCGCCAUGUUUAUUGCCAUGUGACAGAGGCACCAAGGACUAAGGAUCACCAGCAGCCAGCCCCAGAACGCCAGACUUUGGGAAUAAAGCAUUGCCUUGAUGAUGUCUUCAUUUGGACUUCUCGUAGCCUCAAAACCAUGAGCCAAUAAAUUUCUAUUGUUUAAGCCAACCUGUUGCAUGGUAUUUGCUUUAGCAAUGAGAAAACUAAAACAGUGACCAUACUUUAGUGUCAACCAUCAUCAUAAUUCAAAGGUCACCCAAACUGCUCUGAGACCAUAAAUAGUAGUUUUGAUCACUGAACCUCAGUGUCCUUAUCUGAAAAAUUGAGACACAGAAGAUCUUCCUUCUACAUUUUAAGAGUAUGUUUUAAGUAUGCCAACAUUAUGAGCCUAGUUCUUCCAGGAGGAAACCCUGGCAAAAGGAAAAAUAAAGAGUAAUAGAAGAAUCAUCUAUGGUGCCCUCAAAAAGAAUGUUCCCCUUAUUAAUUGCUAGUCCUCCUCCCAAGGGAGAAUUUCCUUCAAUUUCCUUAGGGCUAA